CUUAUCUUGCUUCUGGGUUUUGACCAUUCUACCCCUGAUUGAGCGUUGAACUAACAUCAACAACAACAGUGUUCACUCUCAUUAUCACAAUUUUGGAUUCUUCAGUUCAACAAAACCAUUCUCUUCUUUUUCUGUUUCACUUCAUUUUCUGUCUUUUUCUCAGAAAUUCAGAAUUUUGGUGCUACAUAAGGGUGUAGGUUGUUGAUAGUAAAUUGAAGAACAUGGCUUCACUUGGCGAUAUAGGACUUGCAGCUGCAAUAAACAUCCUUACUGCAAUUGUAUUCUUACUGGCAUUUGCCAUACUUCGGAUUCAACCUAUAAACGAUAGGGUGUAUUUUCCAAAAUGGUAUAUGAAGGGUUUAAGGUCCAGUCCAUUGCAAGGAGGGGCAUUUGUGAGCAAAUUUGUCAAUAUAGACUUCAGGUCAUACAUAAGGUUCUUGAACUGGAUGCCUGCUGCAUUGCAAAUGCCGGAACCCGAACUAAUUGAACAUGCAGGCUUGGAUUCUGCUGUAUACUUGAGGAUCUACUUACUCGGGCUGAAAAUAUUUGUCCCAAUUUCACUCCUAGCAUUUUCUGUUAUGGUCCCUGUCAAUUGGACCAAUGACACCUUGAAACGUUCAAAUGUGGUUUAUACCAGCAUCGAUAAGCUUUCAAUUUCAAAUAUUCCACUUGGAUCAAAUAGAUUUUGGACUCACUUGGUAAUGGCUUAUGCUUUUACCUUCUGGACAUGUUAUAUCUUGAAAAGGGAGUAUCAGAUAGUUGCAGCAAUGAGAUUGUCUUUUCUUGCAUCUGAAAGACGCCGUCCUGACCAAUUCACGGUGCUUGUUAGGAAUGUACCGCCUGAUGCUGAUGAAUCAGUCAGUGAACUAGUUGAACAUUUCUUUUUGGUCAACCAUCCUGAUCAAUAUCUAACUCAUCAGGUUGUUUACGAUGCAAAGAAACUCUCUAGUCUAGUUGCUAAGAAGAAGAAACAACAGAAUUGGCUUGACUACUAUGAACUUAAAUAUUCUAGAAAUGAAUCCGUAAGGCCAACUAAAAAGACUGGCUUUUUAGGUCUUUGUGGCAGUAAAGUGGAUGCUAUUGAUUUUUAUACUGCUGCAAUUGAGAGACUAUCAAGAGACAUAGAGCUGGAGAAAGAUAAGGUGACAAAGAAUCCUAAAUCUAUAAUGCCAGCAGCCUUUGUUUCCUUCAAAACUCGUUGGGGUGCUGCAGUUUGUGCACAAACUCAACAAACUAGAAAUCCAACAAUAUGGUUGACUGAAUGGGCUCCAGAGCCCCGUGACAUAUACUGGGAUAACAUGGCUAUACCAUAUGUUUCUCUCUCAAUAAGGAGACUUGUAAUUGGUGUUGCUUUCUUCUUUCUUACAUUCUUUUUCAUGAUUCCCAUUGCAUUCGUACAGUCACUUGCUAAUAUAGAGGGCAUUGAAAAAGCCGCACCAUUCCUCAAGUCCAUUAUUGAAAUCGACGUCAUCAAGUCUUUUAUACAAGGUUUCCUUCCUGGGAUUGCUUUGAAGUUAUUCCUCAUUUUUUUGCCAACAAUAUUGAUGAUUAUGUCCAAGUUCGAAGGGUUUAUAAGCCAGUCUUCUCUGGAAAGAAGAUGCGCCUCAAGAUAUUACAUCUUCCAGUUCAUUAAUGUGUUUCUGGGGAGCAUAAUUACCGGGACUGCAUUCCAACAACUAGAUAAAUUCAUUCAUCAGUCUGCAAAUGAAAUUCCAAAGACAAUUGGUGUUUCGAUUCCAAUGAAAGCAACUUUCUUCAUAACAUACAUAAUGGUUGAUGGAUGGGCAGGAUGUGCUGGUGAGAUUUUAAGGUUGAAGCCUUUGAUAUUUUAUCACUUAAAGAAUUUCUUGUUGGUGAAGACUGAAAAAGACCGUGAAGAAGCAAUGGAUCCAGGGACUAUUGGUUUCAAUACAGGAGAACCUCAAAUACAACUUUAUUUCUUGCUUGGCCUUGUGUAUUCUGUAGUCACACCAUUUCUACUUCCAUACAUCAUUGUCUUUUUUGGUUUGGCAUAUCUUGUCUACCGUCAUCAGAUUAUAAAUGUGUACAACCAAGAAUAUGAGAGUGCUGGAGCAUUCUGGCCUGAUGUCCAUGGACGUAUUGUAUUUGCAUUAGUUGUCUCACAACUUCUGUUAAUGGGAUUAUUGAGUACAAAAGAAGCUGCUAACUCGACUCCAUUACUCAUCGCACUCCCAGUUUUGACAAUAUGGUUUCAUCGGUUUUGCAAGGGAAGCUACGAACCUGCUUUUACUACUCAUCCAUUACAGGAAGCAAUGGUCAAAGACACAUUGGAGCGUACUAAAGAGCCAAACUUCAAUUUGAAAGAUUUCCUCCAUGAUGCAUAUAUCCAUCCCGUUUUCAAUGAUGACGGAGACACAGACAGUGAUGUGAUGAGUCAAGAAUGGAAGGAAGAGCCAGUAAUUGUCCAAACAAAACGCCAGUCGCGGAAGAACACACCUGCGCCUAGCAAACAUAGUGGUGGCUCAUUACAAACCUCUAUGCAUGGUACUACUGAUGUCUGAUGAUGAGCAUUAACAGCCUUAGAUUUGAGUUGAAGUCAAAGACUAAGUUAGUGUUGGAGCUUAAUUGGUUCAGCAUAAAUCUAUAGACAGAUUGAAGGUCCUACAAGAAGCAUAGAGAUGGUUUGGUUCACAAGUUACUCUUGUAAACAUUGCACAGUGAUUUCCAGAUUUUCUUUUGUAUAUAGAUAUGCAAAGCAAGAAUUUUGGGAUGAGACAGAUAAGAGCAAUAUUCAGGUCAAAUUGUAACGAGUUUUUGCUCUAUGGAUCUUCUGUAUCAAAUAUACUAGUGUCUUGUUUUAUUUUUAAAAAUUGACGGUGAAAUCACUCGUAGCGGAGACCACAAGCAGAGGGAGGAUAGUCGAUGUUAUGGAGACCAAAA